GGUCCAUGUUGGAUGAGGGGGCGAUAUGGUCAGCAAUCAAAACCUGCCCCAAAAUCCACCCUCACAUUUUGCUCCAUUAAAUGAUCUUCAACUUUUCCAUACACUUUUUAUCCAAAAAUCAUGACCUCCUUCACUAAUUCAACAUUCUUCAUCCAUGUCAACCAGAAAUUCCCUACACCCCAAAGUCACCAUUGCAGCAGACUCUCCCUCCCCAUAAUCCGAGCAUCGUUUCAACCCCAACAAAACAAUGUAAUAAUCAGCAACCGGCGAAAACUUGUAACAACGUUUCUUGCUACUUCACUAGCAGCACUAGGGCUUAAUGGCACACCAGUAGCAGUAGCAGAGAAUUGGGGCACACAUUCAUUUCUCAGGGAACGGUUUUUUGAGCCCGGUUUGUCUCCGGAAGAUGCCGCCGCCAGAAUUAAACAAACUGCCGAGGGGUUACAUAGCAUGAGAGACAUGUUGGACACCAUGUCAUGGAGGUAUGUCAUGUUUUACAUUCGACUAAAGCAGGCUUAUCUUUCUCAGGACUUGAAGAAUGCCAUGAGUACAUUGCCUCAAGGUCGAAAAGAUAAAUACGUGAAAACAGCAAAUGAAUUGGUGGAUAACAUGGCUGAGUUCGAUUAUUACGUACGCACACCGAAAGUAUACGAAUCGUACUUGUACUACGAGAAGACAUUGAAAUCCAUAGAUGAUCUAGUUGCAUUAUUGGGGUAGAACAAUGGUAGCAGUGCCUGCUGGAGAUAUUUACAAUUUGCUUCAUUGAGACCAUAAUUGUAAUGCAGAUGUAGUAAGACCAGGAAAUGUCGAGUUUCAAUCAAUACUAAGAUAUCAUCAACUUUUAGGACA